AUGGAGAAGCCAACAAGACAGACUCCAUUUUACACCCAGCAUAGGGCUGAAUUGCUUGUUCUGAGCUCUCAGAUAGCAGCAGCACUGCUACAUGCCCUUGCCAGAGUUGUUGAGGUCGGAUCGGGCCUGAAAGAACGAGUCCACCCCUUCACAGUGCUUCAAAUUCGUCUCUUCAUUACGGUUCUUGGAUGCACUGCCUACCUCUGGCGAGCGAGAAUAGAUUUCCUGGGACCGACCGGAUUGAGACCUCUAUUAGCGCUACGAGCGGCUGGAGGCGUCUUCGGCGCUUGUGGGUUUUACUUGUCAAUUUCAUACCUCUCGCUCAGCGAAGCUACAGUGCUCAACUUUAUAGCACCGCUUGGGGCCAUUAUGUUGACAACAUAUUGGGAGGGUAGAACUUUUGCGUUUCUAGACUUAAUUGCCUGCAUCACAGCACUUGCAGGAGUUGUUCUAGUUCUGCAACCUAUCCCUAUCUAUAAAGCCGUAGCACAGGCCGAGAUAUCCAGUAGUAUCUCUACAGACCCCUACGCACACCUCAAAGGUGUUGUUUCUGGAAUCACCGGUGUGGCUGGUGGAAUUGUUGCAUUUUCAGCAAUGAACCGACUAGGAAAAAACGUUCAGCCAGCUGUCACUAUCAACUAUUUCGGGGUCAGUAUUUGCAUUGUAACAACUGCUUUCUCCACGAUCAUGCCCGAGGUUGUAUGGCCAACUCGAAUUGAAUCGUGGUGCCUUCUUGCCAUAAUAGGAAUACUCGGGCUUGUGAUGGAGUAUCUCCUAACGGCAGGCUUAGGAUCGGAUGAUCCUAGAGUAACUAUCAUGAUUUAUUCACAGGUUUUAUGGGCGCUUUUUCUAGACUGGGCUAUCUGGCGUUCACAUGUGAACGUGUUGACCGUUUUAGGAUCUAUGGUGGUCGUUGCAAGUCUUGCAGUUCCGUAUCUUUUCAGGGAGUCGUCUCAUCCGAAAGAAGACAUGUUUAGCACAAGGUCAGGCAUGGAUGAUAUUGAAGAGGGACAAGACGAGGCCCAUGCCAACUAUAUCAGCCUAGAAUAG